AUACUUUCACGUGGACCACCAACUCUUGCCAUGGUUAUUCCAGCAAUGGACCACAUUUAUUCUGUUUUUACUGCUGGAAUCAUCAAUCACCAAACUCUAAAUCCCUCUAUUCACACUGCUCUCAAACUUGCCAAACAGACUCUCAACAGGUACUAUUCGCUCACUGACAAGUCAGAAACCUAUCAAAUCGCGAUGGUUCUACACCCUCGACACAAACUUCAAUACUUCAAGGCUGCGGGAUGGGAGGAUGAGUGGGUGACCACUGCU